GGUCGUAAAAACGUAUAGCGCAAAAGCGCAAGUUUUCAUGCGCAGUGAAAACCCGUCGAAUUUUCCUGGUCGAUCGUUGUUCCCUUUAGUUUUUCAGCUGAUCGCGCUUUCCACGGCCGUGUCGCAGACUGUCCCGGUGUGUCAUGUGCGAAACUGUCGCAGCGUAGUGAAAUAGUCGUGUGUUUGUGAAUUGUGUAGUUUUCGGGUUAGCUAGUGGCAGUGAAAAUGUUUUCAGGACUUACUAAUCAGGUUAGUUCGUGGAUGGGGGCCGCGAAAGGGGAGCCCCAGGACGAGGAAGUCCCAACCCCUACGAAGGAACCUACAGGGGAGCCGGCAGCGGAAGGCGAAAGACAGAGCCCAACAAAAGGAGCCAGCAAGCUCGAGCUCCUCACAAACGUACAGUCCAAAAUGACUGGCUGGCUCGGAUCCGGAAUCCCGAUCCCCGGGCUCCGGAAAAACGAAACCCCCACCGACGCCGCCGAGCCGGCCCCAGAGCCCGCAGAACCCGCGGAACCCAAGCCGGAGAAGGACGAUGAUGAUAACUCUAGGUAUAUUAGUGCUACCGGAGGCGCUGACAGCAGACCCGGCUCCACAGGCGGCACCCCUACUGAAGAGCAGCCUCAGGGCGUUGGUAAUGGAACCUCCGACAAAAAGUUGUUGUCAAUUAACGCCAUCGAAGUACCUGAUAUGCAGGAGCUGACGACGAAGGCGGUGGCCGGGGCCAAGUCUCUCGGCAGCUUCCUGUACUCGGCCGUCAAUAAGGCGGGAGCCAAGGUCAGCGAGGCGAGCGCCAAGAUCAAGAAGACCGUCGAGGAAAACAGCAUCUUGGGCGAGUUCAACAAAGAGCAAGAUGCGUUCAUCAAGGGACAGGGGGGCACAGGCGCCGCGGCCGUCGCGCCGUGGGUCGGAGCACCCAACGAGGCUGCGCUGAAGGAGGAAUGCCUCUCGUUAUCCACUGACCGAAGGAACUUCGUGCGAGCGCCACCCGCCGGCGUGGAGUUCGAGUUUGACUACGACAAGAUGUACCUUGUAGCCACCGCCAUCAUGGCCGAGGACUCCAACCUAGAGAAGAUGCGCUUUGACCUCGUGCCUAAAGUCAUCACGGAGGAGAACUUUUGGCGGAACUACUUCUACCGCCUAUCGCUGGUCUGCCAGGCCAACGAGGCGGACGCGGUGGCCGCCGGAUCUCGUCAGGCCAGCGCCGACGACUCCCAGGCUUAAGCAACGCAUGGACUACGGGCAUCACAUAUAACACCAUUGCACGGUUCUUAUUCACUAUAGGCUCUAUAUGACAAGUAUAUAUUAGUGUUACUCCGUACCAGAGGGUCCGUAAGAUAUGCCGAGGAUCAUAUCUCUAUUUAUGUUUAUUUAUAUCAUCGUAUUUUUUAAGUCAUACAUUUGUUUAAGGUUAGGGUUGUCACUGAUGCGGGUUUUUGUAUAAUGAUUGAAUCUAAAAUACGUAUUGAGCCUAAAAACAAUUCCCAGGGAAAACGAUGUAAAUUUAAAAAUACUUGCGUUUUUUUAUGUCGUGUAAAAAUAGCGUCACUUUUGAUCUGGUCCUACGUUAGAAAGGACAGACAAUGAUAACAUUGAUAAAUUCUAGCCUAGACAAAACGGAAAUGUAGAUUUGUAAGUGACAACCCUAACUUAGUACUGACUCGGUGUACCCUAAAAGCUAAACGUUGACUCCAAAGUUAUCUAGAUGCGUUAUGACCGAAAUGUCUAAAGGCGAAAUCAGUUUACGAUCUGUAUACAUCGUUUUAUGAAGGCUUUGAUGUACCGGUACGAUAGUAUGUUUGGCACAGGAAUUGGUGUACCAUCGUUAAAAAUUAACUGACACUUCAUAAACCUUAUGGUAACGAAAUAGGAUGUGUUCAUAGAAAGUUUGGCCGCGCUGGCGCAGCAAGUUGCCAAGUGUGCCCCGUAAAAAUGCUGUACCUGCAUACGAACUGUACGCGUCAGUCUAAACACUCAAAGGUAACAAAUUUUGAAACUCAUUUGAUAUGAAUACAAAAAUAGCAGAGAAUAUAUGUACUGGAGUCUUUUAGCAAUGCUUUUAGGUAAACCUAGUCAUUGUACGGGCCUAAGAAGAGCCUUAAGCUCGGUUCAUAUCUGUCUGUCGUGUUGUGUUGUGUCGUGACGCAUCAAAACGGCAAUCGGUUUCAUACAUUUAAUAUGAUUGCAUGCACAUUUGUCUGACGCAGCGUGCAUCACGACACGUCAGACAAAUGUGAAUGCAACCAUAUUAAAUGUAUGAAACCGAUAUGCGUCACGACACAACACAACACGACACGUCAGACUAAUGUGAAUCGGGCUUUAGGAAUGAAUAGAACCGGCAAUCCAGUUGAGGCUUCGAGGCGAAGUGUACUUGCGAUGUUAGGCUCUUCUCGUGUAAGUUUCGGUUAGGUGGAAUAAUGCCACAAGUACAGUCGACAUUUCGGGGCCACAUCGUACUUUAUUAUAAAACAAGGAUCCUAAACACGACGAAUUUCCUACAUUGAAAUACUAAAUCCGUACUAAAUUCUUGCUGCUUAGCGUCCUUACUUUAGUUACGGUCAUAUGUAUGAGAGCUCAUUGGUUUCGUGUUGUCUUGGUGACAAAGUACAGAGUGGCCGAGAAUUGGUUGAAAGUACAGUCAAAUAUGUAUUUUUAUUGUUUUAAUAUCUUCAAACCCCGAUCAAUUUAAUUUUUAAUUUACCACACUGAUAAAAUAAAAGAUUUUCUGCGUGUUCGUAAAUUAUAGUUAUUAUUGCAAACACAAUUAGGGCGGCGUGUAUGUAUUAAUGACUUUUUUUUAAGUGAAACGUUGAAAUCAUUUGUUUAACUCGGGGAAAAUAUAUUCUCCAAAGUUACUAAAAUAACUGAAGUUUUAAAUAUUGAUAAAUUAAGAUGGUAGUUUACGCACAGUUACGUUUGGUAUAAAUUUCGGACUUAAAUGUAUACUAGUCUGAUAUUUCUUAUAAAUUUUAUCAUUAUUGACCGGAAUGGCGUCACGACAUUAACCUCGUAAGUCUCAAUGUACAUUAAAAUGUACAUAUUCAUUGCAAUUUAAUUUGAACCUUUUGAUGAAACAAAUAGAGUAGCAUUUCUUUUGUUUCACUGCGUUGUAAAACAAACGAAAUUCGUUCCAAUUUGCUUAUAGAAUUAGGUUCAAAUUAAAAAUUGAAAAGCUUUAUAUGGUGGGUCUUACGAGGUUAUAGUCGGAACAUCAAAGCUCGUUGAUGGCUGGCUGGAGAACCUUAGGCAGAAAAGUCGCGGAUGCGUUUUGUGUGCGAUCGAUGUGGCAAAAAAUAACGCGCUGCGAUAGGACUUUAUAGCCAUAGCCAUAAUCCAUUAUAGCCAUAAACGGCGAUGCUGGACCCCAUAAACCCACAAAUGCCGCAACAAGCAUCUACAACAGAUGAUAUAGCCAAUGAUGUAUCAUUAUUGACAUAACCACACUGGGAAUUUUAGCAUUUAAAUAAAUAUUGAAAUUCACUUUAGUGUAGAUAUUCUGAGCCACACGUAAAAAAAACAUAUAACUGCGAUAAUAGCAAGAUGGCAUUAUUCUACCAAACCAUCACUGUUUCACUGUUAAUCCUAUCACACUAUGAUUUAUGCAUAUUAUAUAAAGAAACUAUUGCUCUUCGAUUGUUUAUUAUUAUAUAAUAUAUCAGCUCCAUAUCUCACCGUUGUUAUUUAUCAUCAUAUAUAAUGAAUGUUAUGACAAUAUCGCUUGUCCCGCUGGACGUAACUGUAUAUAUUGUCGUGUCUUUAUAUAUCACCUGUUGUAUCACAUUAAAUAUAUAACUAGGUCUGUAUUUCAAUAGCUAUAUAAAAAAAACUAAAUAAAAUUUUAAAAAAAGCUAUUGAGGUAUUCGAACUGUAUACUUGUCUAUCAAAUUUUCAAUGGAACCUAUUUUAAUGUCUACUGAAUGUUAUAUAUAUGUCUAAGUAUUAUUAAUUCUUGUACUAAGAUUCUAUAGCUCCGUCACAGUUUAGUACCGCUCAGUAGCCUCCUAAUUCCCGAUGUCCUUUUGAAAGGACAAAGUCAAAUCAAAUUUUGAGCUAUAAUGGAAUUAUAGGUUCCAAAUUUAAAACUGCAAAAAUGACUCGGGGUCUAAGGAGGGUAGUUCGACUAAGUUUCUGGUUUUGACAUUGCUACCCGAUUUUAAACUAUAUCUACAUCGCUUAAAAGUCUGUUUUGCAUUGACGUGUGCUUUUUUGUUUCGCUUGCAUUUCUCAAAGUUGGUCUGAUUUCAACGUGUAGCAAUGUUGAAACUUUAUUUUUUGUAAAUAUAAAGUGUUGUCAGUUUUUCGAAGGGAUCGCAGUCCAGCCCAGACAUGAAGAAGGGUCACUUUCGCACGCUUGUCUCUCUGUAACACUUCGGAAUAUAACUUUGACUUUUGAAUAUAGGGCGAGAGUGCUCAGAUAAUUUCAGAUAUUGAAAAUGUCUGUGAGAUCGAGAUGCGAGCUUUCGAAAGUUAAGCCCGGUUCACAUUUGUCUGUCGUGUUGUGUCGUGUUGUGUUCUGACGGGUAUAUGAAACCGAUAUGCGUCACGACAUAACACAACACAACACAACACAACACGACACGUCAGACAAAUGUGAACCGGGCUUUACCCGUCGUAUAGCCGCGACAUAUCACUUAUGUGUACGUGACAGUCAAUUAAAAAAAACUGCCUACAAUUUCAAGGAUACAAAACUGGCUGGCAACACACUCUUCCGUGUUUCUUUUGUAAUCAAAUAUUUACAAUUAGACUAGGUUGUUACAUUGUAUCUGAGAUAUCCAAUGUAAUUAAAUUUGUGUAGUAUAGUUGAUAUUUAAGUAAAAAAUCAUCUAUUUAUUAUAGUUAUAAGGACAGAGGCUAUGGGGGCACUACUUUUUUGCCUUCUACUUUCAUUGUGGUUGCAGUUAUAGAAAUUCACCAAAAUAAAUUGAUCAAAUAACUUUAGACACAUAAAUUAACUUAAUAUUACUUUAAUUUUCUAAUACAACUCAUUUUGUGAGGCUUUAAGUUUACGAUACACAACCCUGAAUUUCCAAAGCCCGCUCCAGACUAUGCGGCGCGAAACCGCGAACGCGAGUGUGGAGUCGAUUUCGCAGAUUAGCGAACUAGACUCCACACUCGCAUUCGCGUCUUCGCGACGCGAUUCGCGCACGAGUGUGGAGGGCCCUUAAGGUUUUAGAGCGAUAUCUUGACGUUAGGGUUGUCUCAUCUCCCCUAUGCUUCAGGGUUGUCGAAUAAAUUUAAGAACUGUGUAAGAUGUCUUAUAAUAUUUAUAUUAUCGAUAGUUGUAGUGUAGCCCCCAGCGCCUCUGGUGUCCGCAAAGAGAAAUUACGAGCACUGGCCUACGUUCCCUCGCAGCAGUUACUCGAGCCUAAACGCGAUUACAGCGAGUUGACAUGUGGAAGGCCGAGCGAAGCGGGGUUUUGAGUAGAGGCUUCCCUAACUGGAGGUGUAAGGAUUACAAGUUAUUACAACUGUGUGUCAGAUACUUCGUUGAAAGAUUUGGACUUCGAAAUUAGAAUGAAAGUGUAUGAAACGUACUACAAAAGUAAUAUCAAGUACAAGUACAAUGUCAAUGGUUUAACAACUUUAACAGAAUGAAAGCAUUAUUUAUUAUGGUGCGUUUUGGAUAAAAAUGGCGUUGGAUAUUCGUUUAGUUAAUAUGUGUAAAUUUCACAAGUUAAAAUACAUUUCACCUGCAUUUGAAGAACUUGUCGUAAUAAAAAGAAUUCGAAUGACUGUUGGAACAAUUUAUGUUACAGCGUGACAACCCUAUGCUACAGGAUUAAGAACGGAUGACGUCACUAAGUGAGACAGCUAUGGCAACUUUUCAACCGCUCGCCCCUCCACAUGCCAAACUCGUCAAAAAUUAUAAAGUGUCUUUAAAUGUAACUAAAUAAUCUGGCUGUUGUGUGUUUUGGAUCUUCGCAGUUAUUAUAUUUAAAAAAAAAGUUAUAGCGUUCGGUUACCCGUUCUUCCAUGACAUUCACGCGGGGAGGAAAUUGCUGUAACUACAAAAAAAAAUACCCUGAUUUAAACUUUCAUUAUUAUUCACAACGACGGGACGGGACGGGGAAUCGCGUAAAAUAAGUUUUAAAUUUACCUCCGACGUUUCGAGGACGGCGUUGUCCCCGUGGUCUCGGAGAAGAUUGGCUAAAAUCAACAUCUUCUAGGCGCGCGAGUUUUUCGAACUACCCGCAUUUGGUCUUGUUUAUUAACUUGAACGUUUUGUGCACUAGGGAUGUCACCGGGUCGACACACAACACUCACGAUAUUCGAUUUUUCGCUUACAUUUACUAAUGACUGGGUAAAUAGUUUUCCUCCACGUUUCGUCAAUGUCAAAUAAAGAUUGAUAAAUUGCCAAGAUGGGGAACCAAAUAAAAUGAACAGCUACGGAUUUGGUUUAAUAUAAUUUUCCAAAUGAUUUGGUACGGAGUGAUUUUGAAAACUUUGUUGGCCGCUUGGUUGGUUUGGUACCGAUGCGACCUUCAAAAAAGAAAGCAUACUCCCAUCUUAAAGGCCAGCAACGCACUUGCAACCCAUGGGCAAUCGUGAUUGCUUACCAUCAGGGGAUUGAUCUGCUCGUUUGCCUCCUAUACAGGGUGGCUAAAAAAGUGCAUUCCUAUUGCCAGGGAGGUUUUGGGAUUAUACUCAGCAACUUUUACUAUGGGACCAACCACGAAAUCGCGAAAAAACCAUAGAAAAUGGACCAGCUAAAAUGUAUGACACAGCCAAUUUCUUUUCGCGAUUUCGGGGUUAGUCCCAUAGUAAAAGUUGCUCAGUAUCCCAAAACCCUGCUGGCAACGGGAAUGCACUUAUUUUUUAGCCACCGUGUAAAUUAAACUGGUAAAAUUAAGUGUAAGUACUUACAGCAAUUUCACCCCUACCACACAUUAGUACGUUAUUUAGUUUCUAAACGACUUGAAAGUGUAAUUUAGACAGUUAGAGUAAUUUACUAUCAGUACAUGAACAAUGUUUAGAACAACGUAAAAGUUAUGAAAUUGGCAUUAUAGUUAGUUAUUAUGAAUUGAAAUAAUUAUAUUAUUCUAAAAUA